AUGUGGACGCCGUCGCGAGGUCUGGGCAGCGGCCGCCGUGCUGGGCUCCGGCGCAUCGCGGAUUACAUCGGCGAGGACCACACCGACGCGUCCGACAACGAGUCGUUCAUCACGUCGCACAGCGACGAGCUCCUCGCGUCGACGUCGGCCGCGGGCGGUGCCGGUAGCAGCGUCGGAAUGCUGCCGGCGUUUCUCGCGGAUCAGAGCGACCUCGUGGAGGUCAUGCUGGAGCUGGACGAGGAGUCCAUGGUGGUGCGCAGCGUGACGCCCACCGCGGGGCCGACGGCGCUGGCCGGGGCCGGGACGCACACGCCGGGGAGCGGGCGCAACCUGAGCCGGAGCUCGUCAACCUCGUCCAUGAUACGCAGGACGUUCGCGUGGCUGCGGUCGCCGGCGGCGGCGCCCGAGCAGCAGCGGGAGGCGGCGAUGGCGUCCCGAGAGCGGCGCCGCGUCCAGGCCAGGCUGGACCGCUCGCUGUCCGGCGCGAGGCGCGCGCUGAAGGGCCUCCAAUUCAUCAGCCGCGCCACGGGCUCCGCCGAGGCCAUCGCGCUCUGGGGCGCCGUCGAGGAGCGCUUCGACGCCCUCUCCCGCGACGGCCUCCUCGCCCGCGAAGACUUCGGCGACUGCAUCGGGAUGGUGGACUCGAAGGAGUUCGCGGUGGGCAUCUUGGACGCGCUGGCGCGGCGGCGGCGGCAGAACCUCCAGCGGGUGACCAAGGAGGAGCUCCACGACUUCUGGCUCCAAAUCUCCGACCAGAGCUUCGACGCGCGGCUGCAAAUCUUCUUCGACAUGGUGGACACCAACGUCGACGGGAGGAUCACGAGGGAGGAAGUGCAGGAGCUGAUCGUCCUGAGCGCGUCGGCGAACAAGCUCUCAAAGCUCAAGGAGCAGGCCGAGGAGUACGCGUUGCUCAUCAUGGAGGAGCUCGACCCGGAGGGCCUCGGCUACAUAGAGCUAUGGCAGCUGGAGGCGCUGCUCCUGCAGCGCGACGCCUACAUGAGCUACAGCCGGCCGCUCAGCAGCGGCAGCGGCAGCGCGGCGCAGUGGAGCCAGGACAUCGCCGACGGGGGCGCGCAGCAGCAGGAAAAGCCGGCGGCGACGGCAGCGUCAGGACGGAGCGGGUGGCGGUGGAGCCCGUGGCGCGCGGCGGGUAGGGCGCGCGUGGCGGCGGAGGAGAACUGGCGGCGCGCGUGGGUGCUCGCGCUGUGGGUCGCGGCGAUGGCGGCGCUGUUCGCGUGGAGGUUCGCGCAGUACCGCCGGUCGGUGGCGUUCGAGGUGAUGGGGUACUGCCUGCCGACGGCCAAGGGCGCCGCCGAGACGCUGAAGCUCAACAUGGCGCUCGUGCUCCUCCCCGUCUGCCGCAUCACGCUCACGCGGCUCCGCUCCUCGUGGACGCGCUUCCUCGUGCCCUUCGACGACUGCAUCGCCUUCCACAAGGUGAUAGCCAUGGCGAUCGCGGCGGGGAUCUGCCUGCACGCGGGGAAUCAUCUGGCGUGCGACUUCCCGCGGCUGAUCGCGUCGAGCCCGGGGGAGUACCGGCCGCUGGCCGGCUACUUCGGGGAGGAGAGGCCGACGUACAGGAGCCUGCUGUCGGGCAUGGUGGGCGUGACCGGGGUGGUGAUGGUGGUGCUGAUGGCCGUGUCCUUCACCCUGGCGGCGCGGCCGCUGCGGAGGGCGUCCACCCGGACCCGGCUGCCGUCCCCGCUGGGCCACCUCGCCGGGUUCAACGCCUUCUGGUACUCCCACCACCUGCUCGUCGUCGUCUACCUCCUGCUGCUGGUGCACGGCUGGUUCAUCUUCCUCGUCACCAAGUGGUACCAGAGGACGACGUGGAUGUACAUAGCCGUGCCGUUCGCCCUUCACGUCGGUGAACGAACGCUGCGAGCGUUGCGUUCCAAGGCCUAUGCGGCCAAGAUCCUCAAGGUGUGCCUUCUACCAGGAAAUGUGCUGACUAUAACGAUGUCAAAGCCCUACGGGUUCAGAUACAGAAGUGGACAAUAUGUUUUCCUUCAGUGCCCAACAAUUUCUCCGUUUGAAUGGCACCCCUUCUCCAUCACUUCAGCCCCUGGAGAUGACUACAUCAGCGUUCAUAUCCAGACCAGGGGAGACUGGACACAAGAGCUCAAGCACAUCUUCGUCGAGAACUACUUCUCGCCAUGCCUGCCCAGCAGAGCUUCAUUUGGCGAGCUAGGCAUGCCAGAACAGAAGAGCCCUCCGAGGUUGCUUGUCGACGGCCCGUAUGGUGCUCCGGCGCAGGAUUUCAGGAACUACGACGUCUUGCUUCUCGUCGGUCUCGGGAUCGGCGCGACGCCUUUCAUAAGCAUUCUAAGGGAUCUGCUCAACAACAUUAAGCUGGCUGAUGAGCUGAUGGACCUAUCAAUGGAGACCAGCAGGUCUGAGGACAGCAGCAACGCCUUCAGCGUGUCGACGGCGAGCAGCAACAAGAGGAGAGCGUACCGGACAAGCCGCGCACACUUCUACUGGGUUACAAGGGAGCCCGGAUCGUUCGAGUGGUUCAAGAGCGUGAUGGAUGAGGUUGCUGAAAUGGACAAGAAGGGUGUCAUAGAGCUGCACAACUAUCUCACAAGCGUGUAUGAGGAGCGCGACGCAAGGACGACUCUGCUCUCAAUGGUUCAAGCCCUCAACCAUGCCAAGAAUGGUAUAGACAUAGUAUCAGGCACCAGGGUCAGGACACAUUUUGCAAGACCUAACUGGAGGGAAGAGUUCACAAGAAUCUCUGCAAAGCACCCCGGUUCGACAGUUGGGGUCUUUUACUGUGGGAAGCCCACACUAGCUAAAGAACUGAAGAAACUAUCACUUGAGAUGAGCCACAAGACGACGACUCGCUUCCAUUUCCAUAAGGAGUAUUUCUAA